UACUGGUCGUCAAACAAGCCAAAACGUGCUGCCUCUGUGCGCGAGAUCGCGGAACAAUGAGCUCCAUUUCCUGAUUUGAAUUAACUUUAUGAGUGAAAAAAACAAAAGCAAAGAAUCAAGAAUUCGUUUAAGUUACACAGAUCUUAUUCUCAUGAGAGUUGUUUCAAUCCCACUAUCAUGGCAUCAUACAGCAACGAAACUAACUUAUCUCCGGCCAAAGGUGAAGGUGAAGAUCCAGGAAGUAAAGGUUAUGUUUACGUAAUUGCUACUGCUGUGGUAUUAAUGGUUUUCAUGGUGAUUGUGGCGUUGGCUUUCAUGUAUCGAAAGUAUCGCAAGCGUUCAGGACCGCUAUGGAUCACGAAGUUUUACAUACAAGAUCCUUAUUCCUCGAUGACAAAUGACGACUCGAGUCCAAAAGACGAACAGUAUACAAUUGGGUUUUCAAACCCGAUAAUGGAGAAUGAAUCAGAUCUCCGUGAUAGUCAAGAUGGUGGUGUGAAAGUUCUAGGAUAUAAACCAUUAAAUACAGAAAAACAGUCUGGACAAAAAGUUGAUUACUUGGAACAAUAUAAGUUCCUGUUUCCAAGAGAAAAGCUCGUCUUUGGACCAGAAAUCGGUAUAGGAUGGUUUGGCAAGGUUUAUAAAGGAGAAGCAAUAAGGAUUAUACCUGGAUUGAGGAAGACCAAAGUCAUCAUUAAGAAACUAAAGGAUGACAGUACCUCUCAAUUAAGGACUCGUUUUGUUCAAGAAACAGAGAUGCUUAAAUCCUUGAACCACAAAAACGUGCUGGGUAUUAUUGGUAAAGCCACUGAACAAGAGCCCUAUAUUGUCGUGUUUGAGCACAGUCCUAUGGGAAAUCUAAAAGAUUUUUUGAUAUCUCAUAAACACGAUGGUGAAUCACUUAAAAACAAAGGCGUUCCUUUGAGAAUGGCGACUGAUAUCGCAGCGGGACUGCAGUACCUUCAUUCCAGUUGUAUGUACCACAGUGAUCUUGCGGCAAGAAACUGCGUUGUUGAUGCAGACUUAACUGUCAAAAUAGGCGAUUAUGGGAUUUCACGAAAUUUGUAUGAGAAUGACUAUUACAGAGACCCAAAUUCCACUGACGAUUCCGUACCGAUAAGAUGGCUUGAGCCCGAGAGUGUGUCCUACCUCAAGGACAGCGGACUCACCGUUGAGCCUCCCACAGCAACGAGUAACGUUUGGUCUUACGGUGUUACGGUAUGGGAGAUCAUAGAGUUUGGUCGACAACCAUACGAAGAAUUAUCCGAUGAAGAAGUUAUACAAAGUGUUAUAAUAGAUCAGCUAUAUCAGUUACCUGAACCAAAAGAACCUGGGAUCUUAGCCAAACAGAUGUAUGAAGCUAUGCGAUGGUGUUGGGUAGAAGCGUCAAAGCGACCGUCUAUCGAAGAUAUGAUGUCAUAUCUAACAGACUUCGAAGAAAACUAUUCUUUUUCCAAAACUAGAAUUGAUGAGCUUCCGCAAAACGAUUUGGCUGAACAAGUUUGCACAACAAAUCCCGCUAAUGUCAGUAAUACUCUUGAAAGUACUGAAGAACAUGAAUCCACAGACGUAACGACUGACUUACAAAUGAACCAGAGUGGUACUAAAGACAUUUCGGGUAAUUUUUCUAAAUCUGAUCCUUGUAAAACCAACAACCCAUUCAUUGAGGACGAAAAGACUGAUGAUAUCGAAAUAACAGAAAUAUGUGAUGAUGAUCCAGUGCCAAUUACAGUAAUAAACUUAUCAGGUCAAGAGGGACAGGAUGUGGUAAAUGCACCACAAGAUAAACAAGAAAUAAUAUUCAGUAAGUCAGAGGGUGAAUGUGGAUUGUUCGGGACCCCUCCUCCAGUUACGUAUAUUGGGGACCCUUCCGAUGGCCUCGCUGAGUACGAGAGAAGAAUAGCGGAUGGUACACAGGAGGUUAUUGACCCAGUUACGGCAGGAAAUGAAAUUGUUGAAGUCAAAUAUUCAAGGUCGGAGCCCAGUGUGAUCGUCGAGAAUUGUGCAAGUGGAUAUGUGUUGCUACCUGGAGAACGUCUUCGACGAAAGAGUUCGUUAAGAAGGGAAAACUCUCAGUCAAGGAGCCAGUCCGUCCAUUUUCCUGUCAAUAUUCUGGAUCUAAGGGUGGUCUAUCGUUAUUACAAAGAAGAGGAAGAAGAAGAGGAAGAAGAAGAGGAGGAACAAGAGGAGGAACAAGAAGAUGGACGGGUUUUAUCACAUUAUAUUUCCAAUGCUGACGUCGCCGAUAAACAUGGUAAUUCUCCAGACGCGGAUACCAAUUACCUUCUAAUCAGUGGGCAACCAGGGCAAGAUAACCUUAACAGUAGUACAUUAGAACGACCUAUAUCUCCAGUUGAAAAGAAGAUAAAAAAAGGAGCACGUAGAAAAAAACUCGACCAACAUUCAGAUGAGUGGGUCUUCUGUCUUGAUCAAGAAAAAGAUAAAAAUAUGUGACAGUAGAUAAAUCUGAAGAUAUUUUAUCACGCGAUAUGAGUGUGUUUAAGAGUCCUGUAAGUCGCGUUUUUUCGAAGGAAUCAUAUGAAGAAGUAGUGUUUAUCCUUCAUGCCUGCUCCCGUGCCAAAAUGAGGUGAAAGCUUAUAUAUAGUAUUUUUUAGAAAGGUAUCCAAAUGAAAUAUAUAUAUACAAAGAUAUAAGGGUUAUGUACAGAUUAUUAAUUAGACAUAAACGCAGUAUUUCUGUUGGGAGAAAUUAUAAGAAUAUAUUAUAAAAAAUUGUCAAAUUAUAUUUUAAUAAUGUUGCAUUGAAAAAAAAAAAAAGUAAUUACUGAA